GAUAGCGCAAGCUCUUUCACACAUCUCAUUCUACCGACCAGCCAACGUACGGUUACGCUGCGACGAUUUUCAAUUACUUUUAUAACUUUGAUCUCUUAACCAACGACUUUUCUUCUUCCGUUAAACAAAGAUGCACAGAUUACCGACUGUAUUGCGUAGUACAGCUUUGCGCCAAUUACAAUUUCGUGCCUAUGCCAAGGAUGUACGGUUCGGUGCGGAAGUUAGGGCACUUAUGCUGCAAGGAGUGGACAUUUUAGCAGAUGCUGUAGCGGUAACAAUGGGUCCAAAGGGGCGUAAUGUUAUUUUGGAACAAAGUUGGGGCAGCCCGAAAAUUACUAAAGACGGGGUCACAGUGGCCAAGGGUGUAGAGUUAAAGGAUAAGUUUCAGAAUAUCGGAGCAAAGUUGGUACAAGAUGUAGCUAAUAAUACUAAUGAGGAAGCUGGCGAUGGAACGACUACGGCUACAGUCUUAGCAAGAGCCAUUGCUAAAGAAGGCUUUGAAAAAAUUAGCAAAGGUGCCAAUCCUGUAGAAAUCAGAAGAGGUGUUAUGUUAGCAGUUGAUAAGGUUAAAGACGAACUGAAAGCCCUAAGUAAACCGGUAACAACUCCCGAGGAAAUUGCUCAAGUAGCAACUAUUUCUGCUAAUGGAGACAAAGCCAUUGGUAAUCUUAUUUCAGAUGCCAUGAAAAAAGUUGGGAAAGAAGGUGUAAUCACAGUAAAGGAUGGAAAAACUAUGCACGAUGAAUUAGAAGUGAUAGAAGGAAUGAAAUUCGACAGAGGCUACAUAUCUCCAUACUUUAUAAAUUCUAGUAAAGGAGCAAAAGUUGAAUUUCAAGACGCGCUUUUACUUUUUAGCGAAAAGAAAAUAUCGUCCGUACAGUCUAUAAUUCCAGCAUUGGAAUUGGCAAAUUCCCAACGAAAACCGCUCGUCAUUGUGGCCGAAGAUAUCGACGGCGAAGCACUGUCGACACUGGUGGUCAACAGAUUGAAAAUUGGGUUACAGGUAGCUGCGGUUAAGGCACCUGGUUUCGGAGACAAUAGAAAGGCAACGCUUCAAGAUAUGGCAAUUUUGACGGGAGGAAUCGUGUUCGGAGAUGAUGCGAAUCUUGUCAAAUUGGAGAAUAUACAAUUGUGCGAUUUGGGCGAAGUAGGAGAGGUUGUAAUUACGAAGGACGAUACGCUUUUCCUUAAAGGCAAAGGAAAAAAGAAUGACGUCGAUCACCGAGCGGAUGUAAUUCGAGAUCAAAUUUCAAAUACAACUUCCGACUAUGAGAAGGAAAAGUUGCAAGAACGUUUGGCAAGAUUAGCAUCAGGAGUUGCAGUUUUAAGAGUCGGUGGGAGCAGUGAAGUAGAGGUUAAUGAGAAGAAGGAUCGCGUCAACGAUGCUCUUAAUGCUACUCGUGCUGCCGUUGAAGAAGGCAUUGUUCCGGGAGGCGGAACUGCCCUUUUGAGAUGCAUCCCUGCCCUUCGAAAAAUGAAAGCGUCGAAUAGUGAUCAAGAAACGGGAAUUAAAAUAGUGGCAAACGCUUUACGUAUGCCAUGUUUACAGAUUGCUCAAAACGCGGGCGUGGACGCUAGUGUGGUAGUAGCAAAAGUUAGUGAAAGUAAUCUUGGUUACGAUGCACUAAAUGAUGAAUAUGUCGACAUGAUCGAGAAGGGUAUCCUUGAUCCAACAAAGGUAGUGCGUACGGCGCUUACCGAUGCCGCGGGUGUUGCAUCCUUGCUUACGACCGCGGAAGCGGUAGUUACCGAAUUGCCUAAAGAAGAAACACAAAUGCCAAUGGGUGGCGGUAUGGGCGGUAUGGGCGGUAUGGGUGGUAUGGGAGGUAUGGGCGGUAUGGGCAUGUAAUUAAGUGAAGUCCCAUGCAAAGACUGAAUUUCAUAUUGUAAUUAAUGUUUGGUAAGAAUUGCAAUUCAGUUGCAAUAUUAUUUCUCUUGUUACAAAUUCCGAUUGGAACUGCAAGUAAUACGAUCUAUCCUUUUUCCAAUCGCGAACCAGAAGAACCGAACGCGUUUAAGGCAAUUGUACUUUCAAGCAGCAGAUAAAGACACAGAAAACAAGUUUAUUGCCUACAUGUUGUAAUAUUUGUUUUUGUUUUGCAUUUGUAAGCAUUAUUGUUUUAUUAGAAACAUAGAUGAUUCAACAAAAAUUCAAUUUUUUAUUCUAACAAACAUGCAUAUUUGUUUUAAUGGUUAAGUCCUUGUUAUGAAAGAUGCGUUUAAUGUUGGAAAAAUGAUCGGAUCGAUUUCGAAGUAAAGCCAUUCAUUCGUGUUAACGACAGAAUAUUUAUCAAAUCAUUCAUAAAAAGUACAUUUUUUCCACUUUACCGUUGAAAACUUCUUACCGGAAAUAAAAUUAUA